AUGUUGUACUGGACUGUACUGCCUGAUUGGAAAGUAUUGCUGUUGGUGACACUUCUAUGGGACUGCGUCUGUGCUGAGGAACUGAAGCCCACGAGAUGGCCACUGUAUCCCCAAAAGCCUCUGGUCCUGGCCUGGAAUGCUCCGACAGAGGACUGCAGCCCACGGCACGGUAUUAAAUUUCAGCUGGAGCAGUUCCAGAUUGUGGCGUCGCCUAACAAAGGCUUUGUCCGCCAGAACCUCACCAUAUUUUACAAGGACCGCUUGGGGUUGUACCCAUACUAUGAUGAGCAUGAUGGUACUGCCAGGAACGGUGGACUCCCGCAGGUUGCCAGUCUCACUCAGCACCUGGAGAAGAUGCCGGAGGGCAUUCAGUAUUACAUACGCGAAGCAGGGGCCAAGGGACUGGCAGUUAUUGACUGGGAGGAGUGGAGACCACUGUGGAUCCGUAACUGGGAUGUCAAGAAUGUGUACCGCAACCAGUCAAGGCAGCUGGUGGCCCAGAAGAACCCAGCCUGGCCCACAGUGCGUGUGGCUAAGGUGGCCCAGCAGGAGUUUGAGAUGUCGGCCCGGAAGUUCAUGCUGGAGACCCUGAGGCUGGCCAAGAGCCUGCGGCCCAACCAGCUGUGGGGGUUCUACCUGUUCCCAGACUGCUACAACCACGACUACAGGAACACUCUGGAGAACUACACAGGCCGCUGCCCUGACGUGGAGGUGGCCCGGAAUGAAAUGCUCAAAUGGCUGUGGACUGAGAGCACAGCCCUCUUCCCUUCGGUCUACAUGGGCAUGGUGCUGCGCUCUUCGCCCUCUGGGCGCCAGUUUGUCCGGAACCGGGUGAAGGAGGGGAUGCGUCUGGCGUCAGUGGGAGAUGGGCUGGCACGUCCUGUCUUUGUGUACGCCCGGCCCACCUACGCCAACGUACUGGAGCUGCUGACAGAGGUGAAGGGCUGUUUCUCUGACAGUCACAUAGUACUAACCAGGAGAACUUGUAGACCUUUUGAUCAGUAUGUUUUCCGCUGGGCAGAUAAUCCAUCCUGCAUACUGUAUCAUAUUAUUAUUAUUUAUUAUAAUUAUAUUCUAGCUCAAUUCAGUGACAAAGAAGUCUGGGAGUUGUUUGAAUAAUUUAUGUAAAAAAUAUCUAGGCUAUAAACCUACCCUAAUAAAAUCUUCCAUCAAGAUUUUAAUGAUUGCGGUUCACUUAAUGUUUAGAAGUUUAUUUUUGUAGAAUAAUGCUCCAUAUCAGAGUGCAAUACUCCCUCUUUAAUCUCUGUUUAAUCAAUGGGUGUGUUUUAUAACCACUCUUUUGUGUGUGUGUGUGUGUGCUGGGUUGAUAGACCCUGAUUCACAGAUCGAGCUCUCUCUCUCUACCCAUGAUCAUAACCCUCAGUCCUUAUCGGUGGCUGCAGCCCUUUCCUGAUCUAUCAGCAGAUACGCCAAAUAAUCCCUCUCUUCAAAUCAAAAAUCAAAUCACAUUUUUAUUUGUCACAUGCGCCGAAUACAACAGUGAAAUGCUUACUUACAAGCCCUUAACCAACAAUGCAGUUUUAAGAAAGAAUACCAAAAAAUCACAAAAGAAUACAAAAUCAAAUAAUACGAAAUAAAAGUAACAAAUAAUUAAAGCGCAGCAGUAAAAAUAACAAUAGCGAGGCUAUAUACAGGGGGUACCAGUACUGAGUCAAUGUGCGGGGGCACCGGUUAGUUGAGGUAAUUGAGGUAAUAUGUACAUGUAGGUAGACUUAUUAAAGUGACUAUGCAUAGAUAAUAAACAGAGAGUAGCAGCAGCGUAAAAUAGGGGGAGGGGGGGCAAUGCAAAUAGUCUGGGUAGCCAUUUCAUUAGAUGUUCAGGAGUCUUAUGGCUUGGGGGUAGAAGCUGUUUAGAAGCAUCUUGGACCUAGACUUGGUGCUCCGGUACCGCCUGCCGUGCGGUAGCAGAGAGAACAGUCUAUGACUAGGGUGGCUGGAGUCUUUGACCAUUUUUAGGGCCUUCCUCUGACACCGCCUGGUAUAGAGGUCCUGGAUGGCAGGAAGCUUGGCCCCAGUGAUGUACUGGGCCGUACGCACUACCCUCUGUAGUGCCUUGCGGUCGGAGGCCGAGCAGUUACCAUACCAGGCAGUGAUGCAACCAGUCAGGAUGCUCUCGAUGGUGCAGCUGUAGAACCUUUUGAGGAUCUGAGGACACAUGCCAAAUCUUUUCAGUCUCCUUAGGGAGAAUAGGUUUUGUCGUGCCCGCUUCACGACUGUCUUGGUGUGCUUGGACCAUGAUAGUUUGUUGGUGAUGUGGACACCAAGGACGCUGAACUACAGCCCUGUCGAUGAGAAUGGGGGCAUGCUCGGUCCUCUUCUUUUUCCUAUAGUCCACAAUCAUCUCCUUUGUCUUGAUCAGGGAGAGGUUGUUGUCCUGGCACCACACGGCCAUGUCUCUGACCUCCUCCCUAUAGGCUGUCUCGUCAUUGUCGGUGAUCAGGCCUACCUCAUCUGCAAACUUAAUGAUGGUGUUUGAGUCGUGCCUGGCCAUGCAGUCAUGAGUGAACAGGGAGUACAGGAGGGGACUGAGCACACCCCCCUUUUGUCCAGGUGUGAAAGGGCAGUGUGGAGCGCAAUAGAGAUUGCAUCAUCUGUGGAUCUGUUGGGGCGGUAUGCAAAUUGGAGAUGGUCUAGGGUUUCUGGGAUAAUGGUGUUGAUGUGAGCCAUGACCAGCCUUUCAAAGCACUUCAUGGCUACAGACGUGAGUGCUAUGGGUCGGUAGUCAUUUAGGCAGGUUACCUUAGUGUUCUUGGGCACAGGGACUAUGUUGGUCUGCUUGAAACAUGUUGUUAUUACAUACUCAGACAGGGAGAGGUUGAAAAUGUUAGUGAAGACACUUGCCAGUUGGUCAGCGCAUGCUCGGAGUACACGUCCUGGUAAUCCGUCUGGCCCUGCGGCCUUGUGAAUGUUGACCUGUUUAAAGGUUUUACUCACAUCGGCUACGGAGAGCGUGAUCACACAGUCAUCUGGAACAGCUGAUGCUCUCAUGCAUGUUUCAGUGUUACUUGCCUCGAAGCGAGCAUAGAAGUAAUUUAGCUCGUCUGGUAGGCUCGUGUCACUGGGCAGCUCGCGGCUGUGCUUCCCUUUGUAGUCUGUAAUAGUUUGCAAGCCCUGCCACAUCCGACGAGCGUCGGAGCCGGUGUAGUACGAUUCGAUCUUAGUCCUGUAUUGACGCUUUGCCUGUUUGAUGGUUCAUCGGAGGGCAUAGCGGGAUUUCUUAUAAGCUUCCGGGUUAGAGUCCCGCUCCUUGAAAGCGGCAGCUCUACCCUUUAGCUCAGUGCAGAUGUUGCCUGUAAUCCAUGGCUUCUGGUUGGGGUAUGUACAUAUAGUCACUGUGGGGACGACUUCAUCGAUACACUUAUUGAUGAAGCCAGCGACUGAUGUGGUGUACUCCUCAAUGCCAUCGGAAGAAUCCCGGAACAUAUUCCAGUCUGUGCUAGCAAAACAGUCCUGUAGCUUAGCAUCUGCUUCAUCUGACCACUUUUUUAUUGACCGAGUCACUGGUGCUUCCGGCUUUAGUUUUUGCUUGUAAGCAGGAAUCAGGAGGAUAGAAUUAUGGUCAGAUUUGCCAAAUGGAGGGCGAGGGAGAGCUUUGUACGUGUCUCUGUGUGUGGAGUUAAGGUGGUCUAGAGUUUUUGUCCCUCUGGUUGCACAUUUAACAUGCUGGUAGAAAUGAGGUAAAACGGAUUAAAGUUUCCCUGCGCCGCCUCUGGAUGAGCGUUUUCCUGUUUGCUUAUGGCCGUAUACAGUUCAUUGAGUGCGGUCUUAGUGCCAGCAUCGGUUUGUGGUGGUAAAUAGACAGCUAAGAAGAAUAUAGAUGAAAACUCUCUUGGUAGAUAGUGUGGUCUACAGCUUAUCAUGAGAUACUCUACCUCAGGCGAGCAAAACCUCAAGACUUCCUUAGAUAUCGUGCACCAGCUGUUGUUUACAAAUAUACUGCCACCCCAGAGGCUGCUGUUCUAUCCUGCCGAUACAGUGUAUAACCCGCCAGCUGUAUGUUAUUCAUGUCUUCGUUCAGCCACGACUCAGUGAAACAUAAGAUAUUACUGCUUUUAAUGUCCCGUUGGUAGGACAUUCGUGCCUGUAGUUCGUCCACUUUAUUAUCAAACGAUUGUAAAUUGGCCAAUAGUAUCGAUGGCAAAGGCAGAUUAGCCACUCGUUGCCGGCUCCUUACCAAGCACCCCGAUCUCCUUCCGCGAUAUCUCCUUUUCAUUCUACUGCGAAUGACGGGAUGAGGGCCCUGUCGGGUGUCUGGAGCAAAUCCCUCUGGUCCGACUCAUUAAAUAAAUAUUAUUUGUCCAGCUUAAGGUGAGUAAUCACUGUUCUGAUGUCCAGAAGCUCUUUUCGGUCAUAAGAGACGGUAGCAGCAACAUUAUGUGUAUAUGUGUGAGCGGGAUGGGCGUUGGUCAUGUUACUUGCUAACACCCCAUAGUGCAUUUCCUUACGAGGGCGUGAGCAGAUAAGAGGUGGUCACAUACAAAAAGUCUAUAUGGUCCAGUGGCCUCUCGCCCCCACGCACAACAAUUGAACACUGAACAAUUGUGCAUGGUGUCAUUUUGGUUAUUUUCCAUUGGCUGAUUUGUGCUGACUGUGCACUCUGUGUGCUUUGUGAUAAAUCUUUACGUCUUCUAUGGUCAAGAUUUUUAAUGAUUUCAUCUCUCUGCAGACGGACCUGGUCUCCACAAUUGGGGAAAGUGUGGCUCUUGGGGCUGCAGGCAUCAUCCUCUGGGGAGACCACGCUUAUGCAGGCAGCAAGGCAAGUGUCCAUGCAUUUACAGAAGUCUCAUUAAAGCACAACGAAUCACGUGAUCACUGAAUGACCAACUCACAGGACCUCACUGCACGUCACAGUGUCAUAGUCAGUCACGUCACAACCAUUCAUUCACUUGAUUAUCAGCUGAUUAUCAGUUGUGUUUUUGUAGCAGCCCCUCUUCAUGUCCCAUUUGUUAUUAUGAUUUGAAAGUGUUUGUAGUGGAUCUUAAGUUUAAUUUAAAUUGGGGAGACGCAGGAAUGACAUUGAUGUAAAUCUACCUUUAAAGAGCAACUGCCCCAAAAAAACUACUUCUCAUUUAGGAAACAGCCUAUGUGGCAUUGAUAUGAGUCAGAAUUUUUUUUGAUUACAAAGGGUAAAUAGGAUAUCUUUGGUCAUAAUGUCGGUCUUCAAAAACAGCUUUGUCAGACUUGUAGUCAUGACUGCAUCACAACGUAAAUGAAGGUUGGGUUUGUUUCAAUCCUGCCCACAGCUGGCAGCACAUAAGUAAUCAUCAAUUCGGAGUGCAGCUGCAUGCGACCCGAUCGUAAAGGCUGUGGUAAAUUUGGGUUGACUUUGGAUAUCCCUAUGGGGCUAGUUAGGGACCAUCAGUAAAUUACACAAUUUACAUGGGACAAUAUGUAAAAAUUCAAUAACUUUAGAACUUUAAAACAACUAUAAUUUGUAGAAAUUCAUUUACAAAUAUUGAAAGCAUUUAAUGAGAACUAAAAGGUGUGCAACAUGAAAAUAUUGUCUCAUUAACAUGUGUAAUUUAUUGACAGUCCCUAAUUAGCUCCGGAGAUAGGCUAUCCAAAGUCAAACCAACUUUGCCAUGGUUGCACACCAGCUGGCUGAAUCUAAUUGGCUAAAUAAUUGGGCUAACUCUUCCCACCUGUGAACACGCACAAGAGACACCCACAUCAAACCACACCCCGAAACCAACUCACAUUUGAAUUCAGUAAUUUCUUAAUUAACCAAACCUAAAACGAGGCCAAAACAGGAAGUUCAGCCACCCUUUAAACUCUGUGUGUGUCUCUCCAGGCCAGCUGCUCUAGUCUGAAUGAGUACCUGCGGGGUCCGCUGGGCAGGUACCUGCUUAACGUCUCCACGGCAGCAGAGCUGUGCAGCCAGGCGCUGUGCGGUUCCCAAGGACGCUGCCUGCGUAGACACCCUGACACUGACGCCUACCUGCACCUCAGCACCCGUACCCACAGCAUAGAGCCCAUGGUAAAUGGUAAACUCAAGGUUCAAGGUCAGCUUGGGGAAGAUGACAUAUUGGGCUUUCAGAGAGAGUUCCAGUGCCAGUGCUAUAGCAGCUACCAGGGAGAGGGCUGUGGCCAGAGAGACCCCCAACAACAAAGAGGCAUUGCAGCUCCAAUCAUGGCGUCAUGGGUGCACUGUCUGCUCCUGCUACUCAUCACACUCCUGCUCUGA